AAAAAAUAUUUGAUUGUAUGCGUGAAUAGAAGUCUGGGCGGCGGAAACCAACGUGGGUUCCUUCGUGGAAUUUCCUUAUGUUCAGGAGCCAACCAAGUUAUAAAGCUUUCUUUCACUUUUCAACAUGUCGUCAUCUCAGUGUAUUUUAUCAUCUUUAGUUUCCGCAAUAUAAAGUGUCUAUAUUUAUAUGCAUGCGCAUACUUUUUUUUUUUUAAAACAAAUUCUCAAAACACUGUGAUGCUUCCAUUUCAAAACUAAGUUUUUGUUUUAAAAUAUAUAACUGUAAAUUAUGUAAUAAUUCUAGCUACGUCAUUCACAUCAUUUACAAAUUGCAAAAAUAUAUUGUCAUAAAUAAAAGCUAUGAAUACUUAUAUAUAAUAAGGAAUUUAAGAUGCUUUUUGCUUCUUUUUUUUUAUUUUAUUUUUUUUCUUUUUUGGAAAUUAUGAUGCUAAUUAUCAUACUUUUUUUUUCUCUCAAAUCUUGUUUUUGAUGUCCACGAAAAUGCUCAGACUUGAGGAGAUUGAAUAAAUAUAGGAAUCAAAUGUUUAGUAGUAUGAGAUGUGCCUCUCUAGUUAAGUAUAUGCUUUAACAAUAAUAAUAUUUGAUAAAAAUCUUAAAUUAAUCUGAUAUAUCUUGAAUAUGUCAUUAUGUCCUACAUAUGCAAAAGGGGUUCAACAAAAACCAAAAACAAAAAUAAGUGAGUGGUGAGUGACUGGUAGGGGCCAUAUGGUGGAUUUGUUGAUGGUGAUGGUGCCUUUGACUUUAUUCUAGUGAAUCUAUUGACCACUUUGCUUUUCUAUGUUUUGGUUUAUUUUGAUUCCCUCUUUUAAUUUGUGUAAUUUUGUCAUAUUAUUUAAUUUGGAAAUGGUAUAUUCUUAAAAGCAUGGCUGCAUUGUCGGACACAUGUGAGUCGGAAAUGUAGUUAAUAACAUCCACAAACACAUAAUAAAGUCAAUCAAGUGAACACUGGCAUUGAAAAUUUCUCCAUGUUACAUAUACGAUCAAUGUUUAAAAAAUAGUAUAGCGUUUUUUGUUCAUGAGCUUCAGUUCAAAAUAAUGCUUUAAAAGGACUUACGGUCGGACCGGCAAACUCCACAGCCAAGUUUCUAAUGCAAUUCAGUUACAAAAGCUAAGACACGCUUAUUGGAAUCAUUUAAAACUUAGGAAAACCCUUAUGGCCGUACUAUAUUUGAGAUAGUUAUCGUACAAAAACACCAUUUUAAAUAAAUAAGUAGGGGUGGACACUGAUACUCAAUAUUCAGCUUGUACGUGCUACUCGUCUUGUACUGGUCCGUAAAAUAAAGUAUUUGAAACGAUCAAGCCAACUAUCAAUUACUGUGGAUGGAUAACUUGCAACUUGCAAGCACAAGUCCAAUAUCAAAUGUUCAAAAAAAUAACUUCUGGUUACUAGGAUUUGUUACUCGUUCAUAAAUUUUCUUUUACGCAACAUGGACAUAAGUUUUUAGUCUCAAAAUCUUGGUCCACUUAAUUUCUUAAUUAGUUGACUAUAAUUUUUUUUGCUUGGCUGAUACACACUGUUUGCCUUUUUUCUCUGUAAAGUCAAGUACUCAACAUUAUCAGAUCGGUAAUAAACCAACAAAUCUUAUUAUUUGCUAGCAUAAAUGAAGCAUCAAAUAUUUUUAUAUCUUUUCACUUAUCUCCUUGCUUGCUUUAUUACAUAUUAUUCGCUACUCGUUCUAAAAAAUUCUUGUUAUCCGUUAAAAAGUUAUUAUAUGUUAAAAAUAUUUUAUUUUUACUUAUAUUGUAACUGAAAACAGAUAAAAAAAUAUAGCAAAAUUAAUAUACUUCUUUUUGUAUGUAGUUGCAUUUUAUUUUAGUUACUCACAAGUAAAAAAUAACUUAAUUUUUUUUAUCUACAUUGUAACUGAAAACAGAUAAAAAUAUUAGAUUUGAUAAAACAAAGUCCAUUGAUAAAAAAAAGAUAACAAAAUUAAUAUAUUUCUUUUUGUAUUUAGUUGUAUUUUUAUUUUAGUUACUCGUAAGUAAUAAAUAACUUAAAAACAAGUAUUUGAUUUUGGCAAGUAAUAAGCCGAAUCAAGUAAUUUGCAAAUACAAAAAUUUUCUGUCGAGUACUUGAUAUAGCAAGUCUUUUAUCGAGUACCAAGUCCAAGUUCUAAAUACAAUUACUUGAACGAGUUAAACCAAGUACCAAACCUAAAAAAAUAGCAAGUAUUUUACUUGAACGAGUUAAAAAGGGUGAUUAUAUAUUUUUAGGGAUAGUGGAAGAUUCUGGAUUUGUGAGUGUGACUGACAUCAUCUUAUGCUUCGGAUGUAAACGUGUAUUAUAUGUUUUGAAAUCUUAACAUUAUGCAAUAUUUGGUCAAACAUGCAUAGAAUCCUAUUUACAUUUUAUAUUCGACUUUAAAAGAGGGGGAGAAAAAUCAAUUAAGAAUAUCUUUUGUCAAAUCAUUAGUAUGCUUUAAACUAGUGUGAAAUUAAUUAAAUAGCCUUGUUUCAAGUGCAGUUCUGUGGUUGUUAAAGGGCGGCUUUUCUUAGCCUUCGAAGCAUUGCAAAACAAUGUCCCGAUUAAUUUAGAUUGUUAAUACAAUUUGCAAACAAAUAUACUUUAAAAAAAAAUCAGAAUACAAUUAAGUGCUGUACAUUCAACAAUGGACCAUAUGAGAGCUUUAGGGCCGGCUUUGUUAUAUUGUAUGUUUCACCUUCAACAGAGAUAACAAUCGACCAAUAUUUUGGAAUCUCCUUUAACACAUACAAUAUUCAUCGUUCAUUGAUAGUCUAUUAUAGCAUUUUUCCAUUUUAGUCUACACGAGCAACAAAAUAUGAACUAGUGUCCCACUUGCUUGUUCCCAAAGGAAAGAUAAAUCUAUUACUGUAUGUAUUUAUGUGAAUGGAGAACUCACAAGAAUGUCUAUUUCCAGUAAAUGAAUAAGAUUUUGUGUAGCUAGCUAAUAGUUAAACGACAAAUAUAAAGCAGAUGAUAAGUUUUUUAAUGAAAUUAUUUUGUCAAUUUGAGAUAGAAUUCAACUGUAACAUUCAAAAUGUCGAUUUACUAACAGCUUGCUACAUUUGCAUGACACUAUAUAUUUAAAUAUAUUUUAGAACAGAACCCUUCAAACAAUUUAAGACAGUCUUGGAAUUAUUAUAUGAAUACUUUAUGGUGUAAAUCACUACUAUUAUGUUGAUAAAUAGACGGUCGAAAAGCAAUCAAUGUGGCCAUUGUCCACACAUUUUAAAUUCAACAAACGGCAGCAUAACCAAUCUCAUGUCCCUAUAAAUACAGUAUCUUGGGGGCAUGCUUACUCCAUAUUUCCUAAAAACCUAUAAACCUUAGUUCUAUUUCCUAAAAAAAAAAAUGAAGCUAUUGGCUGUCAUUGUGACCAAUAUCAUCAUCUUGAUAAUAUUUGACCAAGCACCGAUCACCACUGAAGCAAGAAAGUUGAGGAAAACAAUCGGCCAAGACCAUUUCAAAGCUGGAUCUACGGGUCACUUUGUGCCUGCUUCUCCAGGAAACAAACCUGGCAUAGGACAUAAAAAAGGUAAUGCAAAUGUUGAAGGGUUUCAAGGUGACUUCAAGCCCACGGAAGGAAGAAAGUUGCAGAAAACUAACGGUAAAGAUCAUUUCAAAACCGGGGUUACAGACGAUUUUGCACCCACUGCUCCAGGAAACAGUCCAGGGGUGGGGUAUAAGAAAGCGCAUGCAAAUGUUAAGGGGUUUAAAGAUGACUUCAAGCCCAAGGAAGGGAAUAUGUUUGAGAAAAUGAACGAUCAAUAUCAUUUAAAAACCGGAACUACCGACGACUUCGCACCUACUUCUCCGGGAAAUAGUCCCGGUAUGGGUCAUAAGAAAGGAGAUGACUUCAAGCCUACGACACCAGGACACAGCCCCGGAAUUGGCCAUGCCGUCAAGAAUGAUGAGCCUAAAGCUUAACCGUAUCUUCAUUUUAUACAUUAUUUUACGAUACUAUUUUAAAUUUGCUAGAAGAUUAUUAAUAUUGUGAUGGAUUCAUAAUUCUAGAUCAUGAACAAAAAUACGGUUAAUAAUUGUUUCUUAACAUCUAAAUUAUAUUGAUAUUGUAUGCGUUUAUAUGUUAAUAUUGUAGUUUUUUUACAGCAUGUUGAUAUUAUAAUUGAUAAUGAAUCUUUAGUAAUUGUUAUAUCCUA